AAGUACAUUCUCCUUGGUCAAAAAAGUAGCCAAGACACGACGCCGUUUUGAAAAAUCUGCAAUUUUCCGGCAAUUGAGAUGGCGAUCGCGGACGAGAAAGAUGAGGGUAAAGUAUGGGGACUGUUUAAGCUCCCUUUUCGAAACGCACAGUCAACGACGACUUCGCGUUCGACUUCACAUAAUACUCAUCAUUACCGCACUCAGCAGCAGCAGCAUCAGUCUAAUGGAAUUACUUCUCUGGAUGAUGGAUCCAUUCCACGUAGCAACAGUUCCAGCUCUGUUUCUUCAGUAGCCAGGUCUUUGCUUCCUGCACGACGUCGUUUGAAACUUGAUCCUUCCAAUAAACUCAUUUUCCCUUAUGAACCUGGUAAGCAAGUUCGAAGUGCUAUCAAGAUAAAAAACUCUAGCAAGUCUCAUGUAGCUUUCAAGUUCCAAACAACUGCACCCAAAAGCUGUUUCAUGCGUCCUCCCGGAGCAAUUCUCGCCCCCGGUGAGAGCAUCAUUGCAACUGUAUUCAAGUUUGUAGAGCAUCCGGAAAAUAAUGAAAAACCAAUGGACCAGAAGAGCAGGGUGAAGUUCAAGAUCAUGAGCCUCAAGGUGAAAGGACCAAUGGACUAUGUACCUGAGCUGUUUGAUGAGCAAAAGGAUCAAGUUGCUGCAGAGCAAAUUCUGCGGGUUAUCUUUCUCGAUGUGGAACGUCCUAGUCCAGCUUUGGAAAAACUGAAACGCCAAUUGGCGGAGGCAGAUGCUGCUCUUGAGGCGCGCAAGAAGCCUGCGGAAGAUACCGGUCCAAAGAUUAUCGGUGAAGGGCUCGUCAUAGAUGAAUGGAAGGAAAGAAGAGAGAGAUACCUAGCUCGGCAGCAAGUUGAAGGCGUAGAUUCCGUAUAAAUUGCAGGUGUUGUUUCAAGAUCUUUAGCCGUGGCUGGAAAAGUUGCCAGUCUUAUUGUUGUGUGUAAUUGUUUGUUGUAAGAGAUACAUAUUAUGUUGCUGGUUUGAUACUAAACAAAUUAGUAUAACGCUCCCAAGAGAGAAUUUCAAUGUCCAAUCACAGUGGCUGGCACAGCCAAAAAGCUGUAUAUAGAUGUGAUUCCUUUAAGAAAGGAGAAAUUUUCAGUUUAAGGGA